AUGGUGAUCCCAUUUUUGGAAAACCAAACGGCGAUAGUUGAAUUUGUACUUCGAGGAUUCUCUUCCAUCCGACCACUCAAUAUUUUCCUUUUUGUGGUAUUUUUCUUUUUCUACGUUGUAUCUAUUUCUGGAAACACCCUCAUUGUCUUCCUAAUUUUAUUCAACCAUCACCUUCAUAUUCCCAUGUAUUUUUUCCUGAUGAACUUGUCAUUUCUAGAGAUCUGGUAUACCUCCAACGUUGUUCCCAAGAUGUUGCUCAUUAUUAUAGCUGAACAUAAGACGAUCUCUGUGGCUGGCUGUCUGACACAGUUCUACUUCUUUGGCUCUUUGGCUGCCACAGAGUGCCUCUUGCUUACCGUGAUGUCCUACGAUCGUUACCUGGCCAUCUGCCGACCUCUGCUCUACCCCAUUCUCAUGACUGGCUCUCUCUGCAUCAUGUUGGCUGCCAGCUCUUGGUUGUGCUCCUUCCUCCUCACAGCCAUCACCAUAGUCCUCAUGUGUAGACUAUCCUUCUGUGGAGCCAAUGAGAUCAAUCACUUCUUCUGUGACUUCACUCCUCUGAUCAAUCUCUCAUGCAUGGACACUUCACUCACGGAGACCAUUGCCUUUGCCACCUCUUCUGCAGUGACACUUGUCCCAUUUCUUCUCAUCACUAUUUCCUACUCCUGCAUUCUUGCUGCUAUCCUAAAAAUCCCGUCUGGCACAGGCCGGAGAAAAGCCUUCUCCACCUGCUCCUCUCACCUCACUGUAGUCACGGUGUUUUAUGGGACACUGAUUGCUACCUACCUUGUACCCUCAGCCAGCUCUUCCCAACUCCUACGCAAAGGGUUCUCUCUUCUCUACACAAUCCUCACACCCAUGGUCAACCCCAUUAUUUAUAGCCUGAGAAACAAAGACAUUCACAAAGCUCUGAAGAAGUGUUUGAGUAAAAAAUCAAGUCUCCUCAGGUAA